GUUUUCCAGGACUCCGGCUGCUGGGUGUGAAUGCCAUCUUCCUGCUGCCUCCCCUCCUUCCUCACAGACCAAAGUCCUGCCUUCAGCAGCAGGAAUCUGAUUCCAGUUAGUCCGGCCCCUUCAGCAGAACUCAGCGUGGCUGAAGAACUCAGUGGUUUGGUGACAAUCACAAGAGGAAGAGGAGAAAGCUGCACACUCCACAAACCGCUGGGUAGAUUGGAAAAUGCUGCUUUCGGUGUCUGCUGGCUUGCUGCUGCAGGACGUUUGGCUGGAAGCUCUGCAUUUACUUCAGGAUGGUGCCUUGCUAGAUGGGCUUUGAGAUUCAGUCGCUGUGUGCUGGAAAGUCGAACAUGGUGUGCAGUGACCUCAGUGCGAACUCUGACCUCACAGGGUCACGAGCUUCAGCUAGAUGCCGGCGCCCCUUCAGCAGCAUUAAGUUUUUUGUCUUCUGCCACAGUUUGCUGCAGCUGGCACAGCUGCUGGUGUCAGGCUACAUGAAGAGUUCCAUCUCCACCAUCGAGAGGCGCUAUGGCCUCUCCAGCCAGAAGUCGGGCCUGCUGGCAGCCUUCAAUGAGGUAGGAAACACAGUCCUGAUCAUUUUUGUGAGUUUCUUUGGUAGUCGAGUCCACCGGCCGCGGUUCAUUGGGGGUGGAGCUCUGCUGGCCAGUUUAGCAUCCCUGCUGAUAGCGCUGCCACAUUUCCUGAGCGGAACCUAUGACUACACCGGCCGCUUCACCUCUCCCAGUGAUAACAGCUCUGGCGUCUGCCAAUCAGGGAGCACUGUCACCACGCUGGCCUCCAAUCAGAGCUGUGAUCAGUGGGAAACUGCCACCCAGCAGGGCAUUUACCCCCUGCUGCUGCUGGGUCAGCUGCUGCUGGGUAUCGGUACCGUCCCCAUCCAGCCCUUCGGCAUCUCCUACAUCGACGACUUCGCCAGCAAAAAGAACUCACCGCUUUAUCUUGGAAUCCUGCUCGCUGUGACCGCCAUCGGCCCGGCCUUCGGCUUCGUCACAGGGUCUUUCAUGCUGCGUAUUUAUGUUGACUUUGACAAGUUGUCCAAAGACCAGAUCCACCUGAAACAUUCAGACCUGCGCUGGGUUGGAGCCUGGUGGCUCGGCUUCCUGGUGGCGUCGUGCUUCCUCUUCCUGACAGCGGUGCCGUACCUCUUCUUCCCCAGAAACCUGCCCAAAGAGGACGGAGACGAGACGAGUCCGGACACAAAGCAGUCGAUAAGCUCGCCACAGGAAGUGUCCCUUCUCCAGUUCCUCAAAAGUUUUCCUCAGAUCGUCCUGCGGACGUUACGGUGUCCCGUCUACUUGCUGGUGGUUCUGGCUCAGGUCAACCUGGCAGCACUGCUCGCGGGACUCGCCACCUUCAUGGCAAAAUUCAUUGAAAGACAGUUUAACCAGAGCACGUCCUUCUCCACCAUGAUGAUAGGUGGACUUUGCAUUCCUUUGGCGGUGCUUGGUACCAUCCUGGGCGGCGCUGUUAUGCGAAGAAUGAACAUUUCCGUUAGCGGAGCCAGCAGGUUGUGUACCACUGCCAUUGCGCUGUGUUUGCUAACCUCCACACCGCUGCUUCUCAUUGGCUGUCCCACCCAGAGAGUAGGCGGAGUCUUUCCUGUCAGGAAUGAGUCGAUGCCGUGCAGUUCUGGGUGUCUAUGUCGUCAGGAUGGGUUUAAUCCAGUCUGUGGUUCUGAUGGGGUGGAAUUCAGGUCUCCCUGCCACGCUGGCUGUAUCACCAUGAUAUCAGAUAGUAUCAACAAAACCACAACCUACAGAGAGUGCCGGUGUGUUGGCGGUCAUGGCUUCGCCUCACCAGGCACCUGCGGCAGCACAUGCUCCCACCUCCUCCUCCCCUUCAUCGUGCUGCUGGGUCUCACCAGCUUCAUUGCGUCCCUCUCCCAGACGCCAUCCUGCAUGAUGAUACUUAGGACUGUGCUGACAGAAGAUAAGUCGUUUGCAGUCGGUGUUCAGUACAUGCUCUUCAGGGUUCUCGCGUUCAUGCCCGGACCUGUUCUGUAUGGCAGCGUUAUUGACACCACCUGUGUUCUGUGGGGCAAGAAGUGCGGCAGACAGACGUCCUGUCUCUACUACAACCUGGACCAGUUCAGACACAGGUUUCUGGGUCUGCAAGCUAUGUUCGUAUGUGGUGCCAUGAUCUGCUUCCUGCUGUCGGUUCUGGUUCUGCAUCAGCAAGCAGGACGUGCAAACCGGGGUUCAGGAGGAAAAGCUGGCUAUGAGCUGGUGAAUGAACCACAUUCUCCGGACAGCUUGGCUUCCAAAGAACUGCAAGCCAUCCUGACCUGAAGAAGACAGACCAGACGACUACAGGGACUCUAAAAAAAGAGAAAUUAGAGAUCAGCAAGUUUGAAAAGUAUAUUCGACUUUGUUUAGCAAAACCUUUUAAAUCUCCAGCGCUAUAUAUACAACCCCUGGCAAAAAUUAUGGAAUCACCGGCCUCAGAGGAUGUUCAUUCAGUUGUUUAAUUUUGUAGAAAAAAAGCAGAUCACAGACAUGACACAAAACUAAAGUCAUUUCAA